GCCUGCGCCCUGGGACCCAAGUUGGGGCGCGCCUUGGCUAGAACGUGGAGAGCGGCGGGCAGUGCAGCCAAUGGGAGGCGGCGUUGGCUAGCGGCUGGGAGGCGGGGCCUGCGCGGGUGUUAGGUUAGCGCGAGGCGUGACCUAGUUGACAGGCUCUGAGGUGCUGCUGUGGCGGCGGCCGCGGGGCUGAGGCGGGUGGGAGCCGGAGCCAAGCGCGGGCUGAGGGAGGAGGGCGGCGACUGGAGAGCGGCGAGCGGCGAGCAGCGCAGGACGCGGAGCCUUUUUCACUUUUUCCCUCCCGAGUGCCCCCUUCCGCCCCUCCCACUCCACACACACCCUGUUUGCCCGUGAGCCUGGGGAACUUGCAGCUUAAAGCCAGCCACCCCCACGGCAACAUGUACCCCAGCAACAAGAAGAAAAAGGUGUGGAGAGAGGAGAAAGAACGUUUACUGAAGAUGACCGUAGAGGAGAGGCGCAAAGAAUACCUAAGAGACUAUGUUCCCCUGAACAUCAUUCUAUCAUGGAAGGAGGAGGUGAAGGGCAAGAGCCAAAAUGAUGAAGAAAAUACUCAGGAAACAUCCCAGAUGAAGAAAAGUUUGGCAGAAAAAGUUUCUCUCUAUAGAGGUGACAUCACAUUGCUAGAGGUAGAUGCUAUAGUCAAUGCGGGUGAGUAG